UCAAAAAAAAAAAAAAAAAAAAACCGAGGAAACUCUGCGAUCAUUGUGCAACACUGGAGUCGAAAAUUUGCCGAGGUUACUGUUGUUUUGAUUGCUAUUGUCGCGUAGAUUAAAAGCCUGGAGAAAAGAGUGAAUGCAUUCGGAAUAAUAGAAGCAGUGGGGUGAAUCCCCUGCGUUUGCUGAGCGUGAGGAUGGAGGAUUAUGAUUACUUAUUCAAAAUUGUGCUGAUAGGAAAUGCAGGAGUGGGCAAAACCUGCCUCGUCCGACGCUUCACUCAGGGGCUGUUCCCUCCUGGACAAGGUGCCACCAUUGGAGUUGAUUUCAUGAUUAAAACUGUGGAAAUAAAAGGAGUGAAAGUGAAGCUCCAGAUCUGGGACACGGCCGGACAGGAGCGGUUCCGCUCGAUUACCCAGAGUUACUACCGCAGUGCCAAUGCCCUCAUUCUCACCUAUGACAUCACCUGUGAGGAUUCCUUCCGGUGCCUUCCUGAGUGGCUGAGGGAGAUCGAGCAGUAUGCCAACAACCAAGUGGUGACGAUCUUAGUAGGGAAUAAGAUAGACCUGGCUGACAAGCGAGAAGUCCAUCGGCAGCGAGCAGAGGAGUUUGCGGAGGCACAGAGCAUGCUUUAUCUGGAGACCUCUGCCAAAGAAUCGGACAACGUGGAGAAGCUCUUUCUGGAUCUGGCCUGCGAACUGAUCCGCGAGGCCAAGCAAAACACGCUGGACAACAACGACUCCACUCCCAUGCCUGGAGAAGGGAAAACCAUCAGUUACUUGAGUUGCUGCAGCAUAAACUAGGAGACUUGGCAACUCUGUCUGGCUGAGGGGGCAACAUGGAUUGCAUACAAAGUGGUUGUAUUGUUGGUAACCACUGUGUAGUUGCAGUGGUUACUGUUUUCAACUGUUGUUGAAGUCUACGUCUUUUACCCUUCUUAAAUCCCUGGGUAUUUUAAAAUAUUUGGGAAAAACAUGAUAUCAAGUUGAUGCUGCUUUUAGAGGUGAUGCUUUUGGCAAGGAAAAAGGGCCUUGUUACACAACAAUUCUUGCUGAUAGGUCAGACAAUGAGAUUUUCUAUACUUCUGUACAAUGCAACUGUUGGGAUUUCCCUGCUGACUUGAGAGCCAAUGUAUUUGUCGAUUUGAAAAGAAAACAAAAUGAGAAUGCAGGUUUUCAUCAGCAGUCUCACCCACUUGAAGGACUACUUCAUCCAAAAAUAAGAAUUCUGUCAUCAUUUACUCGCCCUCAUGUUGUUCAGAACCCAUAUUACUGACUUUUUCUGUGGAACACAAAAGAAGAUGUUUUGAAGAAUGUUCACAAAGCUCUUUUCCAACCACAUGUAUCCAGUGACCAAAGCAGUCCAUGUGACAUUAUAUUCCAAGUCUUCUGAAGCCAUAUGAUGCUUAUGGGUUUGGAAUGACAUGAGGGUGAGUAAAUGAUGACAGAGUUUUAAUUUUAGGGUGAACUGCUUCUUUAAGUCCCAUUGCCACAAAUGUCAUCUGUUGGUGUGCACAUUUAUUAUUUGCACAAAAUGCACUUCUUGAUGAUUGCUUGCGAGAUUGUUUGAAGUUGCUUAUGCAUGCAUUUUUUUUAAUGAAGAAGUCAAUAAUGCAAACAGAUAGCCAGCUCCCUUAAAUAAUCUGUGACAGAAAACCGCCAUUUUAAAUCCUCAUUUAUCAGGUAGUCAGUUUGUAAGAAUAUAAACUCCCCUUACUGCUUGCAUGGAAGUCAAAACGUCAUUUUGAGAAGUCAGCAAAAACCCAAUGUGCCUCCGGCAUUUGCAUCAUCAUGUAAUACAUAGCACUGGGGAAUCUCAUGGAGCACAUGUUUGGGUCAUAUUUAAACCCCAAAAUAUCACUCAAACCGGGUCGAUUUAUUGAUCUGGAAGUUUUACUUUUGUUUGUUUCAAGCAUAAUUCUCAGUAGAUUCUCAGUAUUGUAAUACAGUAAUGGGAACAAUACUGUCCAGACGCAAUUAUAUUUUUCAGGAUUUUUUUUAUCUUCACAGUACAUAUAUACAUACUUUACAAGUUUUGUUUUUUGCAUUAUGUGUAGGAAUGAGAUUUGUUGUAUUACAGUAAUAAGAGCAUUAUUGUUCAUAAAAUAAGCUCCAUUUUCUUUUCAAAAAAGUCUUUUUUUUUUUCUUUUUUUUUUCUGAUUUUAAGGUAAAAUUCACUGCCAUUCAAAAGGUUGGGGUCAUUUUUUUUUUUUUUUUUAAGAAAUUAAUACUUUUAGUCAUCAAGGAUGCAUUAAAUUAAUCAAAAUUGACAGUUAUUCAUUAUGACAGACAUUAUGUUACAGAUGAUGUUUCUAAUAAAUGCUGUUCUUAUGAACUUUUUAUUCAUCAAAGAAUCCUGAAAAAAAAAAAACAAUGCUUUCCACAAAAGUAUUAAGCAGCACAACUGUUUUCAACAUUGAUAUUAAUUAGAACUAUUUCCUUAGCAACAAAUCAGCACCUACAGUACAAUUUAUUUCUGAAAAAUCAUGGGACACUGAAGACUGAAGUUGAAAUAUUUCACAAUAUUACUAUUUUUAUUGUAUUUUUGAUCAAAUACAUGCAGCCUAGUUGAGCAUAAGAGACUUCUUUCAAAAAGAUUAAAAAAAUUGUACUGACCCCAAACUGGUUUCAUGAGAUCAUCCGCUCUAGACAGAGGUUUUUAGUGGCCAAGUUCUAGACAUCGUUCUUUAUUGUCUUUGCUCAUUAUAUGCUAAAAAGGAAACAAUGGGCUUAAUGUUAUAAUGCACUGUCUAGAAUGCUUAUUUCAUUCCACUAGUUUCUUUUUCCAAGGAUUACUCUGAUUCCCAUUUGGAUAUAUUCUGUCCUUUUACACAUUUUAUCUGUUAUCAGAACUAAAAUAUACCAGGAUGCUUUGUAGUUCUUUUAGUCCAGCUUUGGUAUUGUAAUAACCGUAGCGAUGUUUAAAGCUUUUGGCACUUGAGAGGUCAAGAGAACUGUGUGUGUGUAGUUAUUGUGUGAAUGAGAUGUAUUUCAUAAAUGUUUCAGUGAGUUCUUGCACAAAUGGUCUUUGUUUUCCAAUGCAUCAUAUUGAGGAAAAGAUGGAGUUGUUUAAAGGUGUGAUACAGUGUGAUUCUGAUUUCGGUUGGUCUUUGUCUGUUCUGGAACUGUGGUGUGCAUUUUAAUGACUUUUAAACAGUUGGAACUUGUACCUCCAACCUUGGCUGUGCUGUGAGUUUGUUUGCACCUGUGUCAUUACAAAGGAACUGUGAAUCUCCUCUUUUGUAGACUUUCAGUAUUUUACUUGCUGCUACAGAGCUUUUUUCCUCAAAUCUUUUUUUUUUUUUUUUUUUUUUUUUAACAGAAUUACAACUGAGGUUUUAAAUGCCUUGUGCUUGGUAAUAUUUGUGAUGAUCAUGAUUCAGUUAUUUUUAGUGUUUUUUAUUUUUAUUUUUUAUAUACACUCAACAAAAUGUAUUCACUAAAACACUUAACAAUGUUUAACUUGAGGACCAAUUGUUUAAGCUUUUUCGGUUGUCCAUGCCAUUUACUUUGCAAUAUAAUGCAUUUUCCUCAUAUUUACACAUAGCUGCUUAUAUGAUAUUAAGCUUUUCUAUUAACAUUUUAUUUUAAAGUGAUAACCUUUUCUAGUUUUGUAUAAACUUUUUUCUUUCUAUGUUAUAUGACGUGCCAUGCACAGUAUUUUCUCUGUCAGGUAUUUUUGUUUUACAGAUCUAUGCCAUAUUGUAAUUUGUUGCAUUGUGUACCAGUCUCUAGAAUUAUUUCUUUUCUAUGUUAAAUGCCCUAAUUUCCAGUAUAGUAUAUGUAUUACUAAGCGCUUACUUUUUCUGUAUGGACAAUGUUAUUAUGAUUUUCAUUAUGUGAAGUACAAUAUUCAUCAAUGUGUAAUGUGAAGAUGAAACGCCAUUCUUUGAACCCACAAGAUUUGUAUCCAAAGUAGAUAACUGUACAUUUAUUGUUUUAGUGUGUGCUUUCAAUAUAUAAGUUGUGAUGCAUUAUGUGUAAUACAUUUAUCAUAAUGAGACAAACCCCCAUGACUGCAGCAUUUCAGUAUUGCGCCAUAAUGCGUUGUUUUCUUUGAGUAAUCCUGUAACUUAUGUUUUAAUUCUCAGCAUAUAAACUGCAAGUUAAUACCUUUCUCCAAAUAAACAUGGUUAUGACACUAA